AUAGGUGGCCAACGACAAACGCUCAUUCGACCACGUGAGGGGCGUCGUGACAUCAGGAUUCAAACAACACCCAGAAAAAUCCUUAAUUCUCCUCGAUUAAACGACAACGUUCCCAACCCUCCAUAAAUCAAUCAAUCACGAGUUUCAAUUCAUUCCUUCACCAUCGUGUGUACAAUGCGUGGAGCAUAUUUCCCGCAUGAAAAGCAGUCAUUCGAGAAGUUGUACAGUGUUCGGCCAUUUUGAAACUAUACACAACCGACCAUUGGGACAAGUGUGAAAGUAAAAUCAGACGCUUGGCGUCGAAGUUCCCUGGCUCAACAGUCGAGAGAGUGUACAUACGUGCGGCUGUAUUACCGAUCGGGCCAACGGGAUGCCGGUAUGAUUACAAAAAUAAAAAGGAAACCGUCUAAGCUCGUUGUUUCGAGAGAUUUUCAAGGAUAGCUAGGAGACACGCUGACGAUUGUGUGGGUGUAGGGGUAAGCGUGUUAGUGCGACACAAAAAGUACACGCUGAGUAGGUGAGGUCGUACACCUACACCACUCGCACAGGUGGUUCCUCCUCCAUUCACACUCCGUAAAGCGAGUGAACGAGUUCGUCUCAGGGAAACCCGGCUCAUUUUCACCGCGAUGCUCAACGCGAUAAUGGAUUACGUCUUCUCCGUUAAAUACUCGGUAUCGAUCGUGCUGAUGUUCAUCGUCGCCGAUAUUUACGCUAAUUACACGGACAUUGAUCUGCCGGCUGAUCACGUCAAGUACUACCUCAACGCUUUUCCCACGGUAGCCGAAGAGUGCCGCAAUGAUACCGCCUGUCCGUACAAGGAUAGUCUUGAUACCAAAGCUUGCUGGGGUUACGAGCCGAAUUGCAAAACCGAAAAUUCUUUCUCCUUUCCUCAAUGUCCAGGUGACCACAGAGGAUGGGUGACCACGAAACAGGCUCAAUUAGAAACGUUUUACGCUCAAGGGGAUUUCGGCUACGUGCGCGACCAAAGGAAAGAAAUGUCCAUCUUCUGCGAGCCUUUAUUCGUGGACGAUUCCUCGUUAGAAUGCUCGGAACACAUGAGAUUCUGUCGCGCAAGGAACAUCAUGAUCAAUUUCACGGAACUGAUACGAAGAAACGAGCCUAUACGAUACAAAAUGGAUGUUUUGAAAGAGGGUGAAAUCGGUGGAUUCUGCACAUUGAACGAGAAAAGACUAAACGAGAACGCGGAUCACAUCAGUCCUCUGCAGUCCUGGGGACCUGAACUGAGAAAUUUUCGAAAACUACCUCGACCACCGAUUGUCAAUGGUGACUGUGAUAUCGUAAUCGAGAAACCUACGUAUAUAAUGAAGAUAGACGCCAUAGUAAAUAUGUAUCAUCAUUUUUGCGACUUUUUCAACUUGUACGCGUCAUUGCACGUAAACCUCUCGCACCCCGCCGCCUUCAGCACUGAUAAUCAUAUAAUGAUCUGGGAAAGCUACAGCUACCGUUCAGCGUUCCAAGACGCGUUCGAUGCUUUCACGAGAAAUCCGCUGUGGGAUUUAAAAACGUUCCGCGGUGAAACUGUCUGCUUCAAGAACCUCGUGUUCCCGUUAUUACCGCGCAUGAUAUUUGGUCUUUAUUAUAAUACACCUCUUAUCUACGGCUGUGAAAAAAGUGGACUAUUCAAAGCUUUCGGCGACCACCUGCUGCAUAGACUACGGAUACCUCUUCACGAGAGGAAAAACCAAAGAAUAAGAGUAACUUUACUUAGCAGAGAUACCCAGUAUAGGAAAAUCUUAAACGAGGACGAACUGGUGAAAGCUUUGAAAGAGAAUCCAGAGUACAAAGUAAGAAAGGUAGUUUAUAAUAAAAAAGUUCCAUUUAAAAAGCAAUUAGAAAUAACCAGAAACUCUGAUAUCUUUAUUGGUAUACACGGAGCCGGAUUGACGCAUUUAAUGUUUCUACCGGAUUGGGCAGCUGUAUUUGAAAUAUAUAAUUGUGAAGAUCCGGGAUGUUACAAGGAUCUCGCUCGUUUACGCGGAGUCAAGUACUUCACGUGGGAAAAUACCUCGAAAUUAGUACAACAAGACCCCGGUACGCAUCCUGACGGAGGAGCACAUGCGAAAUUCACGAAUUAUAGCUUCGAUAUUAAAGAGUUCCUGCGUAUAGUCUCGCUCGCGACUGAUUAUGUAAAAAAUCAUAACGAUUUUAAAAGAUUCCUUAGUAAAAGAGCGCAACGGAAAAGAACGGAAGCAAAGAAUCAGACUAGAAUAAGCGAUGUUAAUGAAGAGAAGGAUCCAAAAGCAAAAAAGGCAAAUGAAUUGAAGCCGGUUAUUCAGUCCAAAGAUGAAUUAUGAUGACUAUGAUAGACGAUUAAUUUCGAUGACAACGAAAGAUCUAGAUUAAUACCAUAGUUAAAUGUCGAACAAAUUAAACGACACGUUACCAAUUAAUUCCCUUUACUUAUUUUUGUACCGAUAUAUGUACAUAUUUAUUUUAAUAAAAAAUAAAUAAAUAUGGAUACUAUUUUAUACAUCUACGCGAGGACAAUGAAGAAUACUCUGAAAUUAUCAGUCACUUAGGCUGAUUGUGAUUUAAUGUUAAUUAUGUAUAUACAUUACAAUAUAUAAAAUUGUAUACCCUGA